AUGAGCAUCCUCCUCACGGCUCUUGGGCUCCUGGCUGGAACGGCGUCCGCCUUGGAUUAUACCGAGCCAUUCCGUCCACAAUACCAUUUCACCCCGAGUAAGAAUUGGAUCAAUGAUCCCAGUGGACUUCUUUACCAUGAUGGCAUCUAUCAUCUCUUCUUUCAAUAUAAUCCCGCCAGUGCCGAAUGGGGAAAUAUGUCCUGGGGCCAUGCGACAAGUAAAGACUUGACGCACUGGGAUGAGCGUCCGGUAGCUCUGCUUGCUCGCGGGUAUCCCGAAAAUGUCACUGAGAUGUACUUCACCGGAAGUGCAGUCGCAGACGUCAACAACACCAGUGGCCUUGGCGUCGAUGGGAAAGUCCCAUUAGUCGCUAUGUAUACUUCCAUGUAUCCCAUGGCUCAGGACCUACCAAGCGGCAAGCAUGUUCGCGAAGAGCAACAAUCUCAAUCAAUCGCCUAUAGUCUCGAUGAGGGCGAGACCUGGACAACAUACGACGCCGAAAACCCAGUCAUCCACAACCCACCCGCUGGAUAUGAAGCAGAGUACAAGAACUUCCGAGAUCCAUUUGUAUUCUGGCACCAAGAUACCCAGCGAUGGAUUGCAGUCACGGCAUUGGCGUCUGUACACAAACUCGCGAUCUGGAGCUCCGACAACUUGAAAGAGUGGUCGUUCCUCAGUGAAUUCGGACCUUAUAAUGCCGUCGGUGGCGUCUGGGAAUGUCCCAAUAUGUUCCAGCUCCCCGUUGAAGAUGACUCCGCGACCAAGAAAUGGGUCAUGGUCUUGGGUCUUAACCCCGGCGGACCACCUGGCACAGUUGGCUCCGGCACGCAAUAUUUCAUUGGUGAUUUCGACGGAACGACAUUCAAAGCGGAUGAGAACAGCGUCUACCCCGGAAACCAGACCUCGAACUGGUUGGACUGGGGCCCAGACUUCUACGCUGCCACCAGUUACAACGGACUUCCCGAAGGAGACGUUGUUCAAAUCGCAUGGAUGAACAACUGGCAGUAUGCCGCUAAGGUCCCGGUCCAGCCAUGGCGAAGCGCCAUGACCAUUCCUCGUCAACUCUCCCUGAAGAAGAUCGAUGAGAAGAUCACACUCGUCCAACAACCACAAAAGAACUGGCGGAGCGUGACCGAUAGCCAAAGCUCAAAGCAAGGUUGGGAUACUGUUUCCGAAGGAUCCACCGACCUGGAAUCACCAGGAAAAGCAUUUAAAAUCGAUCUCAGCUUCGAGAAUCAUGAUUCCGACGAUACCCACGCUUCUGCAUUUGCGAUUUCCAUCCGUGCCAGUUCGGACUUCGAGGAGGAAACCCUUGUUGGUUAUAACUUUACUAGCAAGGAAGUAUUUGUCGAUCGGCAGAGAUCAGGAGACGUUUCGUUCGACGAUACUUUCGCAAGCUUGUACCAUGCGCCGCUUGAUACUUCAGACGAACGUAUCAACUUGCAGGUCUUUGUGGACUGGUCCAGUGUUGAAGUCCUGGCUGGCUCGGGAGAGGUAGCGCUGACGACACUGAUAUUCCCUGAUGAAGAUGCGACUGAGGCGCGGCUUGUUUCGGUGGAUGGAGAGACUCGGCAUGUCAAGCUUGAGGUACGCGAACUAGAUUCAGCUUGGCAUUAG